AUGUUCCUGUUUUGUGCUCUGCUUCUCUUCCGCCUCGCAGCGUCCUCGUCCAGCCAUGCGCCGAGAGCUGCCACCCCGCACCGCCACUAUGAGCGGGACAUACUCCUGGCAGAUCAACGCCACCUCGGCAGACGACAGUUCCCGAACUCGAGCCUGGUAUCGCAGGUCUUCGAGGUGACACCGCCCGUGCUGGGCUGGGACGGGCAGGUCGUUGGGGCCGGGAGGCCAGUUCCAUUCACGGGAGUUGGCACGACCAUCGAAACAGGUUCAUCCGAUGAAUGCAAGGUGACUCUGGCCGUUCGAUCCUUUGCGAACUCUUUCAAUCAACCUUUCGUGGGCCAAUACAUUCCGCCCGGCUGCCUUGGAGACAGCAACACGGCUACCAUGAACCUCACAGUCGAGACAAUCGGUAGACAGUUUGAUCGACUCUCCUUCAUCUUUCUCGGGGAUACCGAGCUUCUUCGUUGGUCGACCGCUCAGCCUCGUAGAAACGGCGUGAGAUACACGGCGAUCAAAGACGUCUCGUCUUUUCUGCCGCUGUGGCGUGAACCGCAGAGAGUUAUCUUCGACCUCGGAAACUUGCUCAAUGAAAACUUAGAUGGUAUAUUUAACACCACCCUGGAGGUCACUUUCUUCCAGGCCCCUGGAGCUCUUUCUUCCAACGCAGACAAAAUCAUCCCGAUCUCUAGGCGUGCAGGUCUGAACGAGUCGAGGCCAAGUGUCUUCAACACGGCUGAUGUCAACGCAACGACUAUUGUCACGGACUUCCCCCGCAAUGCUAGGAAAGCCAUCUUCACAAUCCAGUCAUGCGGCCAAAUUGAUGAGGAGUUUUGGUGGUCAAAUCUUCCCAGCUCUACGGCUCUGUCUUUCAACGCGACCGGGAAUCCGUCGGGGAAUUACUCCGCGUACAGAGAAACACAGCUGUAUAUCGAUGAUCAGCUAGCGGGGAUUCAGGCCCCAUUCCCAAUAAUCUUCACAGGCGGGCUGAAUCCCUCGUUCUGGAGCCCGGUAGUUGGUAUCGACGUAUUCGACGAGAAAGAGACCGAGAUCGAUAUUACGCCGUUCUUACCAGUGCUGUGCGAUAGCAGACCCCACAACUUCACUCUUAGAGUUGUGGGGCUUGAUGACGACGGCAACAAUUCCCAAGGUUCCGCAAUGCUGUCUACAGGUGUGGACAGCUACUGGCAAUUAUCUGGGAAGGUUUUCGUCUGGACUGAACACGAUGCUUCAUUCAUCACGACCGGAUCGGCGCCCGUCAUUGCUGCUAUCGACCCAGUCAUUGCCCUCAAUCAACGCCUUACGAAAAAUGCAACCGGCACCAACGAGACUCUGAAGUACGACCUGUCUGUCUCACGUUCCAUCCGUAUAUCCAGUGCUAUAAUGACCGCAGCAGGCCUGGUAAAUGCCACGUGGGCACAGGAUGUCACAACCACUGCCAAUGGCUUCAUCAGCGACUUCGGUAAUACCUCGAGUGUAGAAUUCAAGACAACCGCCACAAGCUCCUCAGCCCGCAAUGACGCAGUCGAGUUUUCUUCUUCUGCUUCAUAUCCUCUUAUUGUCAACACGACGCAGUUUGUCUUGCCUAAUGGAACAGUACGCACGGACACUAUCCUCAGCCGCUCGAAAGAUACGAGCAGGACCGUGGGCCAGGAAGAUGUCUUCCCAAGUGGGCUGCAGGUUUUCUCCGUGCUGCCCGCGACGACUGAUAUCGUGCCAGACAUUGCCCAGUUGUCCCUCUCGACUUCUCAGGAUGCUUCAGGCACACGCUUGGUGUUUCCGGGCGGUGGUGCACAGAACGGUAGCUACGCUGAGGCAAGUGUCACGCAGGAUAUGUUGCUAAGCGGCACUGCGAGCGGCGCGGCAAGCGUUACUGAGUUCUAUUUUAGACAUGUGUCAGUCCGCAGUGAUGGAACGAUCGUUUCUGAUACUGAGAGGGUAACUGGCAGCGAGGUUCCCCCGGGCAGAGCUGGAUUAAGACCCGGGGCAUGA